CAAAGGCAGAGCAAAGUACGUAACAAAGCGGGCACCCACACACCCGUACACUGUACACUCGUACAGUGAAAACGCGCGUGGGUGGGCACACAACGUAUUAUUAUAGCUCAACGCUGCCAACUGAAACAAAGAUCCAUGGAGAACAUGUCCACGUCACCUGAGGUGACGGAAAGUUCCUCCGGGCGAUCCUCCCCCCUGUGCCCGUCCAACGCCACCCACCUGGUCCUGCCCGUCCUCUGCGGCCUCAUGUUCUGCACGGGCAUCCCGGGGAACCUCCUGUCCCUCUGGGUCUUCGCCGAAAAGAUACCCUCCAAGACGCCCACGCACGUCUACCUGAUCAACCUCAGCGCGUCCAACCUGCUGCUGUGCGCCACCCUGCCCAUGCUGGCGGCCUACUUCGCGGUGGGCGACGCCUGGCGCGCCCACCAGCCGCUCUGCCGGGUCGCCGUUGGCGGCGUGACGCCCGUCCUGCACAUCAACAUCUACGUGGGCGUGCUCAUCCUCACCUGGAUCGCCCUCAGCCGCCUGGCGGCCCUCACCCAGCAGAGCCACGCGGGGCGGCCCAGCACCUGCACCCGGAUACUGCCCCCCGCGUUCUUCCGCAAGCUGCGGGAGGUGCGCUUCGCCCAGGCCACGUGCCUGGCCAUCUGGGCCUUCGUGCUGGCCUGCGUGCUCCCCGUGGUGGGCAUCUACUCGGCGAUAGAGGCCGGGGGGCCGGGGAACGGCAGCGGGCAGCCGUGCUACAGCGUGGCGGUGGAGGUCGGCGGGAACGUCUCCCAGAUGACCUCGGUGGGCGCCAUCCUGCUCUUCUGCCUCUGCUUCCUGCUGGUGCUGGCCUCCUACGUCUCCGUCAACCGGCACAUCAGCAGGGCCCGGCGGAACACGGCGGUGCCGGACCACCACCGGGUCUACGGCAGGGUGUUCCGGAACAUCGUGGUCAUCCAGCUGGUGCUGGCGGUCUGCCUGCUGCCGCACCACGUCUUCAAGGCCGUCUUCAUCGGCCUGGCCCAGCGCUGGGGCCCCCGCCAGCCCGCCGGGGCCGGCUGCCACCAGCUGUCGCGGCUCGUGGAGGUGAAGAACGCCCUGCUCUUGCUCGCCGCGUUCCGGAGCGCGGCCGACCCCAUCACGUACUUCCUGCUGGACAACACGUUUCGCCGGCACGUGCUUGAAUUGCUGAGCCUGAGCUCCAGCAAACAAAGCAGCCAGACCACGGGGUCCAGAGGGGACCAAGAACGCACCCACUCGAAGGCCACAAAACUGUAGCAAGAGGCGGACAGAGACUGACGUCAGCAAGGCCUUCGCAGUUCAAUGAGAAGCCUCAUUCAGGUAUAUAAAGAGGUGGAGCCGACCUCCAAAGACACAGAGGCGACAUUAGACUGCACACCCAGCCACAGCAAAGCUCCAGGGGGGGAAGCCAUCUUAUCCUCAAAUCGAUCACUGCCCUGAGCCUACAUUUAUUUCAUUCUGUUGAUUAACGAGCGUUACAAUGAGCUUCAUAACCCAUACUCACUGCCAGGAAAUCCCCUCGGUUAACUGUAUUUAAUGCGAGUUUUUCCUUUUGUCACACAUUUGUGACACAUUGAAGGGUGUAUGUUUGAUGAGGAACGGUUGGUGUAUGUGUUUGAAGGGGAAUGUUUGUAGUGUGUGUUUGAUGCAGAAUGGUCACAAUAACAAGCAGAUUCAGGAAUGGUUUGCAUCUAAAUGCUUGGUAUAUUUUAAGCUCAGACUGCACUUUUAUUUAUUUAACUGUCCUUGUAUUCAUUUUACCCUGAAUAAACACCCCUGUGUUAUUUUCACAUACA